AUGGAAGAGCCUGAAGAAGGAGCCAUGACUCAACAUAGAAGAGACUGUGCAGCUUAUGACAUGUGGAAGAAGAAGAAUUCUACUGCUUCCAUCACUUUGUUGAACAGCAUGGACAAUGAUCUCCUGAAAAAGUACCAGGAAUAUGAAUUAGCAAAGGACAUGUGGUCCGCCCUUGCUACAAAGUUUGUUGAUUCAACAGCAAUAGACCACAUAGCAAAAGACAGGAGUGCUUUUGCGGAGUUUGACGAAUACCACGGGAAACAAAGUGGAUCUAUGAUAUUGGAGGAAAAUAAUGAAUUAACAUGGGUUUUUAAUGGUUUUUGUUUUGUUGCAGAGGUUUUGUCACAAUCGCAUGAUAAGUAUGGAUCGAUUGUCAAGCUUUGGUUGGGGCCAACUAAAUUGUUGGUGUCUAUUAAAGAGCCGGUGCUCAUUAAAGAGAUGCUUUUGAAGGCUGAGGAUAAGUUGCCUUUGACUGGGAGGGCUUUUAGUUUGGCCUUUGGACAGUCCAGUCUCUUUGCUUCCUCUUUUGAUAAGGUGCAAAAGAGACGAGAAUCGUUGGCAUUGGAAUUGAAUGGAAGGUUGCUUGAGAGAGAAAACGUAAUUCCUACAAAGGUUGUGGACUCUGUCAUGGAUAGAAUAAAUGGGAUCAUGGGCAAAGGAAGCAGUGAUUGCAAAGUGGUUUCUCAACAUAUGGCUUUUACUAUGUUGGGAGCCACAAUUUUUGGAGAUGCCUUUUUGGCUUGGUCCAAGGCAACUGUUUAUGAGGAGCUUCUCAUGAAAAUUGCUAAGGAUGCUUGCUUUUGGGCCUCUUAUAGUGUUACCCCCUUCUGGAAACGUGGAUUUUGGAGGUACCAGCAUCUCUGCACAAGAUUGAGAUGCUUAACUCAAGAUAUUGUUCAACAAUGCUGCAAAAACUGCAAGCUAUUUUGCCAUUUGGAUCAAAGCACCCAUAAUGAAACCUCAAAUACUGGAAUGGAAACUGCAUUAGGUGGACCAUCUCAUUCUGAUGUUCCUGUACCCGAUAACUUAUUCUCAGAAAAGCUUAACGGGAAUCUUAAUGCGAGAGAAGAACCAUGUGGGAAUCUUAUGGGUGUGAUGUUUCAUGGAUACUUAACCACAGCAGGUUUGAUUGGUAAUAUCCUGGCAAGGCUUGCUACACAUCAGGAGAUACAAGAUAAGAUAUACGAGGAGAUAAUUAUGGUACGAAAGGGGUCUGUGAAGCAAGAACAACAAAGUGUUGAUAAGAUGCUCCUAUUAUUGGCAACUGUUUAUGAAUCUGCUCGUCUUCUGCCUGCAGGACCUUUGUUACAGAGAUGCUCUCUGAAACAUGAUUUGACUCUUAAAAAUGGUGUAACCAUUCCAACUGGAGCCAUGCUGGUUGUACCUGUACAGUUGGUACAGAUGGACAAGUGUAGUUGGGGAAGUGAUUCUUGCCAAUUUAAUCCAUACCGUUUUUUGUCAGCGAAUGGAAAACAAUCUGAUAAAGCGUGCAAUGCAUCAUUGACAGGUGCUGUGAAGGAGGAUGUGGAUCCAAGAGAAACCUCAUCUGUUUUGAAGGAUCCAAAUGACAAUGUAGCAUUUCUUCACUUUGGCUCCGGCAGUCGUGCCUGUGUUGGCCAGAAAUUUGUUAUUCAUGGAGUUGCUACUUUAUUUGCAUCAUUGCUUGAACGCUAUGAGAUAAGGCUGCGGGCAGGGUCGGAAGAGAACCCAAAAGCAACCAUGAACAACUGUGUUUACCAGCUUCUUCCUAGUCCUGAGAUAGUUUUUGUGCGAAGAAACACCUGAAACGGAGAAGGCACACACGUUUUAGGGUUCGUGGUUAUGUCUCUUACUAAAUCAUUUGAUGGGGAAGGUCUUGUGUUUUAGGCUCAUUAGCUGUUAUGGGGGAAUCAUGCUGCAUGAGUACACUUUUGUGACUCAUUUUUUUGUUCUCCCUUCCUGCUUUUUAAAUUUGUUUUUUAAGCACUAUGAGCCUCUUUAUAUAAAUAUAUUUCUGGUUUUCUACCCCAUCUUUGAACUUAAAAUAGACUUUUUUUCUUCCAACUUUUUUCUCUCCGGAUCUAGGCAUCACCUUUGUCACGGAAUCAUAUGUAUGACACUACUUCUGCUAGUUGCUUUCUGAAAUAAAACGUGCAUACACUUUUAUUUUAUUAUUA